AUUCGUCAUUUCGCCUCCAUUUCUAGCUCCCAGUCUCCCACUCCUCCCCCUCGCUCUCUAAACUUCUCUUGCACGGGAACACGUACAAACGAAGCCGAUCGAUCGGCGCUGCGGCGGCGAGAUGUCGGCGGCGGCGACGAUGACGUGGCACGAGGAGUUGGCCACGCUAGCGGGAGAAACUGGCGUGCCCCUCCCCGGCGCGGGUGUGGCCGCGCCGGCGGCGAAAGUUGCGGCGGUGGGGGCCGGGUGGCUCGGGGAAGAGGAGGGGAGGGAGGAGGAGGGAUGGGCGCAACAGGUUAGGGGGUUCGCGGAGUCGACGGCGGAGAUGCUGCUGGUGCUGGGCCGGGGGCUGUGGGACAUCGCCGCGCAGAGCCUCGCCAGCGCCGAGGACAGCGAGCUCGCUCGGCGCCUACGGCGGCGGGCGGCGGCGGCGGGGAAGCGCCUCAGCUUCAUGAACGAGUACCUCCCCGAGGAGCGCGACCCCGUGAGGUGCUGGCUCGUCGUCGCCGCAGUCGCAUUCGUCACGCUCCUAGUUUUAGGCACAGGGAGUGGCGAUGAAACUCCAGUAGAGCGCCCGAAGAAACUUUACAUUAGUCCCCCAAAUGCUAACAGAAUCCAACUUCCUGAUGGACGGCAUCUAGCUUAUGAAGAACAAGGAGUGUCAUCUGACAGGGCAAGAUUUUCACUGAUUGCUCCUCAUUCUUUUCUUUCAUCAAGGUUGGCAGGAAUCCCUGGAAUCAAUGCAUCCCUUCUUGAGGAAUUUGGGGCGCGACUCGUGACCUAUGAUCUUCCUGGUUUUGGUGAAAGUGAUCCUCACCCAGGCCGAGAUCUCAAUUCUUCUGCUCUGGACAUGCUCCAUCUGGCUAAUGCUCUUGGUAUUUCGGAUAAGUUCUGGGUUGUGGGCUAUUCUGGAGGUGGGAUGCAUGCUUGGAGUGCUCUUCGUUACAUUCCUGACCGAGUAGCUGGUGUAGCAAUGUUCGCACCUAUGACAAAUCCAUACGACUCCAGGAUGAGCAAGGAUGAGAGGCGUAAAACAUGGGAUAGCUGGUCAACUAAACGGAAACUAAUGCACAUUUUAGCUCGGAGGUUUCCAUCACUACUACCCCUCUUUUAUCACCGAAGCUUCCUUUCUGGAAAGCAAGGACAGCCCGAGAGUUGGUUGUCACUGUCAUUGGGGAAGAAGGACAAAACUUUACUGGAAGGUCCUGUGUUCAAGGCAUUCUGGGAAAGGGAUGUUGCAGAGUCUGUGCGCCAGGGAGAUGCACGGCCAUUUGUAGAGGAAGCUGUGCUGCAAGUAUCUGACUGGGGUUUCAGCUUGUCUGACAUUCAAAUGCAGAAGAAAGAGGAUCAGGGCUUUUUUGAGUUGAUCAAGUCUCUAUUCAAUCAGGUUGAACGAGAGUGGGUGGGAUUUCUGGGCCCAAUACAUAUAUGGCAGGGAAUGGAUGAUCGAGUGGUCUCGCCAUCCGUGGCCGAAUUCGUCCGGCGGGUGGUUCCAGGAGCCACAGUGCACAAGCUUCUCGACGAAGGCCACUUCUCGUACUUCUGCUUUUGUGACGAAUGCCACCGGCAGAUAUUCUCCACCCUCUUCGGCAUCCCCCAGGGACCUAUCAACCCCGUACCAGAAUCCAGUGAAGUGGCCUCAGAGCUCGCCGAAGAAACAACACUACCAGACAAUGUUACAGAGCAGGAACAAGAAAAACCAAGCUUGGCCUGAUCACGCUCAGCUUCAGGAUCAGCAGUAUAGAUACGAGACAUUACUACUACAUAACACAAUACCUCACAGGAAGACGGGCUUUUCUUCGCUGAUCAUGGGACGAUACCUACAGCAGGUGGCCUGAGCUGCUCCUUUUGCGCAAGAAGUAGGCAAAGCUCUGGAUAGUAGGAGGCUGCACUUGCACUGGAUGUGCCGGUUCACUUUGAUGUACAGCUCGUCAAAAUUGGGCCCAACACCUACUCGGUGCGCAUUUAGUAUAGCCCAGUAUUCACAUUUGAUUAACCUUUGAUAAUGUGACGCCGUCUAUAGACUUCUUUUUGCUCA